AUGUCACUGUAUUCUGCGCCUCUCAUUUCUGAGAGCCUAGCAAUCCAAACUCUACAGAAUGUCACCCGAAAGGACCUGGAGUUCCUAUACGGGUCUCUCGAAACCAAUCCAACCAAUUUCCCUCUGAUAUUAAAAAUAGCUAGUCUCAUCCAUGGCGCAGCAAGCGUUUAUCUUGCUAGAGCCUGCAAUGCGUCAGAUGACCAUGUUUUCAUGCUGGUGCAGCAUUUCUUAGCGGAGACGGCUACUUUCAACGCAAGUUCUCCUGGGGGACAUAUUUUAAUAUGGCCAUUUUUUAUUGUUGGCACAGAGUGCUCACUGGAGGCUGAUCGGCAGUUUGUCAUUGAACAGCUAGAUAGUCUGUGGAGUGCUACUGGAUUUGGGAGUACCUUGUAUGCGAUUGAGCUUCUGAAUAACAUAUGGCAGGGGAAACAUGGAGGAAACUUGACAAAAUUUCUCGCUGAUAAAGUUGAAGGGUUUAUAAUUCUUCAUUAA